AUGACUACAGAACGUAGACCUUUGAUAAAAAAAGGCUCUUCUUCAACUGUUGUCGUACAAGACGAAGGGUCGAAUAAUACAUAUAAAACCAUUGAAGAAGGCCAAUUGAAUUCGAAUGAACAAGACUCUUUCCAAAAUUUGGGCAAUACUUCCUUGCCUAUGAUUGUAUUAUGUUCAAAUCUCUCGGUAUGGAUCAUGACCUCUUACAUGCUGAGUACUUCUGCUAUUCAACCAUUAUAUGGUAAAUUGUCAGACAUUUAUGGUCGAAAAUCAACAUUGGUGACCAUCAUCUGUUUCUUUCUUAUUGGAUCUUUGCUUUGUGGUGCAGCAGGCUCAAUGACUCAGCUGAGUAUUGCUCGUGCCAUUGCAGGUCUUGGGGGAGGAGGCAUUAUGACUAUGGCUUCUGUUGUUAUUCAUGACUUGGUGCCUAUGCGUCAACGAGGACAAUAUCAAGCUUAUGUCAAUAUGGCUCAAACAAUUGGUACGACAGUCGGUGCUCCUUUAGGUGGCCUUAUUAAUGAUACAUUGGGAUGGCGUUACUGUUUUUACAUCAAUAUCCCCUUUUGCUUGUUUAUUCUCUACCACUACAUCUACAAAUUAGAGAAUUAUAAUCUACAAGAUACAAAGGUAGACCAAAAGCUGGAACAGAUUGAUUUUGUAGGAGCAGCGUUGUUGUUGAUGGCCAAUGUGUGUUUUGUGACAAGUGCUUCUUUAGGGGGUAAUACUCGUCCCUGGGACGAUCCCUUAAUUAUUAUUCUAGGCGUGACUGCAGCUACUUUGUUUACUGCCUUUGGCCUCUAUGAAUUUUGUGGUGCCAAGUACCCUUUAAUCUGUCGUGCGUUGAUCAAGAACAGAAACGUGAUGGCUGUUUGUUUAAAUAACUUCUUUUUAUGUCAAUCUACCAUGACCAUGUCUUAUCUCAUUCCUCAGUUUUUCAUGGGUAUAUUGGGUUAUAACCCCUCUUCUGCAGGCUUAUGGGUCUUUCCUCGGUCUCUUAUGGUCGCCGUUGGUUGCUUCUAUUCAGGUCGUCGUCUUACAUUAACGGGUCGCUAUAAACACUUUAUCAAUGUAGUCAUGCUGGUUCAUGUCAUAACAGCUAUUGGUACUUGGAUGUGGAAACCAGGACAACCUCUUUGGUACUACCUUGCCUGCAUGAACAUGGAAGGCUUUAUCUUUGGUCUUAUUUUUGUUGCUACCAUGGUUGCAUUGGUAAUAGACAUUCAUCAUGAAGAGACAGCUUCUGCUACAUCGAUGAUAUUUUUGUUUAGAUCCACAGGCUGGUUAUCAGGCAGUACAAUUUCAGCAGCCAUUAUGCAAUCAAGAUUCAAAAGCUAUUUACAGCAAUCCAUGAAAGGACCUGAAGCAGCUGAUGUGAUUGAAUUUUCACAUUUGCAUUGA